GUGCAGAGCUGCGAGAUUCACUCGAGGUUUUGCGGCGGACCGUUUCAAGACGACUGCAGCCGCGUCAUGGUCACAGACUUGCAAUUUCUGCCUGAAAAGUGCGACGGUGCCCGGAUAACAGAUAUUUACCGGAAGCAGUUCCAGAGUAUUGGCUGCCCCACGUGGGGUCAGCGACGCAGCGUUGUCGAGGAGGGCCCUGGGAAGCACGUCGCGAUUUUUGUCCAGGUGUCGGAUUGCGGUGGCGACCAGAUGGGCCACUUCAGCGUCGUCGCUGCCGCUCUCGAG